AUGAUGGUCCGAGCGACAGAGAGAGAGAAAGGAGGAGCGCGCACGCGCCAAGCCAAGCCGACAGCGAUUGCCGACGACGGCGGACCGAUCCUACCGAGCACAUCUAUCCGCUACAGUCGCCAGAAUGAACGUCAACUGUUCCGCCGGUCCGUCGGUCGGUCGGUCGGUCGUCGGUUAGCGUUCUUCAAACUUCUUCGAAUCCUCUUUAGGGGAUUCGACGAGGAACAGUGCAAACCACUUGUCGAAAUUGUUUUGAAAUCGGUAAACAAAAGGCAAAUGACUAAAAUAUUAUCAAGAUUAUUAUUAUUAUUAUUAUUAUUAUUAUUAUUAUUAUUAUUAUUAUUAUUAUUAUUAUUAUUAUUAUUAUUAUUAUUAUUAUUAUUAUUAUUAAAAUUGCUAUUAUUUAUGAUUAGAAGAUAUUAUUAA